AGAAGAAGCAGUUUGUCAGUCGCCCAGUCUCUCGGCCAGACCUCUCGGAAAGGUGUCUGCCACGACCAGUCUCCCCUGAAGGCACCCGCCCUGUCCCGGGUCCCUUGACCAAACUUCCCCUCCCCGGUGAUAUCAGACGGUUGUUUUCUACCAUGGCGACGAGCGCGAAGCGAAAGCAGGAGGAGACUCAUCUGAAGAUGCUCCGGGAAAUGACUAGCCUGCCCGCGAAUAGGAAAUGCUUCGACUGCGACCAGCGCGGCCCGACCUAUGUCAACAUGACAGUGGGCUCCUUCGUCUGUACCACCUGCUCCGGCAUAUUGCGAGGACUGAACCCCCCACACAGAGUGAAGUCCAUCUCUAUGACCACAUUCACACAUCAGGAAAUCGAGUUCCUACAGAAACACAGCAAUGAGGUCUGUAAACACAUCUGGUUGGGCCUCUAUGACGACAGGACAUUAGUUGUUCCAGAUUUCCGAGAGCCACAGAAAGUAAAAGAGUUCCUUCAAGAAAAAUAUGAAAAGAAAAGAUGGUAUGUCCCUCCAGACCAGGCGAGGGCAGUAGCCAGUGUGCAGGCCUCUGUGUCCGGCUCUUCAGCCAGCAGCACUGGCAGCACCCCCGAAGUCCAGCCCCUCAAGACCCUGCAGCUCAACAAGACCCCUCUGCGCCAGUCUCCGGGGCGAGGUCGUUCCCAGGCUCUCAUCGCUGCUCAGGAGAAGAAGUUUGACCUCCUCUCUGAACUGGGAGGAGACAUCUUUGCUGCUCCACCCACUCAAGCUUCCAGCUCUACCAACUUUGCCAACUUUGCACAUUUUCCAAGCCACUCGGCACCUCAGGGUAAUUCAGACACCAACUUUGCCAACUUUGAUGCAUUUGGAAACACUGCAAUUCCAUCCCAUCUGAGCACGUCACCCCCCUCAAAGUCCUUUUCAUCAGGGGGAGGUGUGCCAAUUCCGUCAAUGUCUAGUGCCGUCCCCAUCCAGAUAGGCAGCAGCAGAGAGGACCGCUACGCUGCUCUGGCUGAGCUGGACAACGAGCUCAGCUCCUCUGUGAACUCAGGCAGCAGCGUGCCAGGGAAUUUAUUUGGACCCGUGCUUGGUUCAUCGCCAGCCCAGAAUCCACCUGUGUUACCCAGCAUGCAGCCUGGCUUCGGAAGUGGCGUCCCAUCCACUAACCCCUUUGUUGCUGCAGCCGUCGGCCCGGAGAUGGCCACCAACCCUUUCCAGGCCAACGGCAGAGCUCCAGCUGCAGCCUCCUUUGGCACCGGCUCUAUGAGCAUGCCCGCCGGCUUUGGGAAUGCGUCUUCCUAUUGCCUCCCGACCAGUUUCAGCGGAAACUUCCAGCAGCAAUUCCCUGGCCAGGCUCCCAUCCCUUACUCUCAACCGGGGGCUUACCACCCUCAGUCUAAUGGGCCUGCAUUCCCAGUCUACGGUCAGAACAAGCCCUCCAUGUCGCACUUUGGGCAGCCCAUGGCUGGCCCUGGCAUGUCCUAUAACCCUUUCAUGGCGGGUGCUCCAGCAGGGGCCUUCCCUUCGGGGGGUUCAACCAACCCUUUCCUGUAGCACAACUCUUACCUUUGCCACCAGAGGGCAGCAUGCAGCACAUAUUCAACGCACCAUUCCGUCAUGCAUUAGUGGCAGUACCAUUUUAUUUUUAAAGACUUACAUUUUUUUGUUUUUUUUU